AUGAUGAACUCUAAUCACUUUAAGCUGCAGCUUCAAUCUCCUUCCUGGGGUUUCCUCACUCUCUACCCUCCUCCAUCCGUCUACCUGUCUCACUCUCUACCCAUCUGUGGCACUCUCUACCCUCCUCCAUCCGUCUACCUGUCUCACUCUCUACCCAUCUGUGGCACUCUCUACCCUCCUCCAUCCGUCUACCUGUCUCACUCUCUACCCAUCUGUGGCACUCUCUACCCUCCUCCAUCCGUCUACCUGUCUCACUCUCUACCCAUCUGUGGCACUCUCUACCCUCCUCCAUCCGUCUACCUGUCUCACUCUCUACCCAUCUGUGGCACUCUCUACCCUCCUCCAUCCAUCUACCUGUCUCACUCUCUACCCAUCUGUGGCACUCUCUACCCUCCUCCAUCCGUCUACCUGUCUCACUCUCUACCCAUCUGUGGCACUCUCUACCCUCCUCCAUCCGUCUACCUGUCUCACUCUCUACCCAUCUGUGGCACUCUCUACCCUCCUCCAUCCGUCUACCUGUCUCACUCUCUACCCAUCUGUGGCACUCUCUACCCUCCUCCAUCCGUCUACCUGUCUCACUCUCUACCCAUCUGUGGCACUCUCUACCCUCCUCCAUCCGUCUACCUGUCUCUCUCUACCCUCCAUCCGUCUACCUGUUUCACUCUCUACCCUCCAUCUGUCUACCUCUGUCCACCUGACUCACUCUCUACCCAUCUGUGGCACUCUCUACCCUCCUCCAUCCGUCUACCUGUCUCUCUCUACCCUCCAUCCGUCUACCUGUUUCACUCUCUACCCUCCAUCUGUCUACCUGUCUCACUCUCUACCCUCCAUCUGUCUACCUUUCUCACUCUCUACCCAUCUUCAUCUAUCUGUCUCACUCUCUACCCAUCUGUCACUCUACCCUUCUCCAGCUGUCCACCUGUCUCACUCUCUACCUGCCUUCAUCUACCUGUCUCACUCUCUACCCAUCUGUGUCACCCUGUACCCAUCUCCGUCUGUCUACCCAUGUCCCUGUCUCGCACUCUACCUGUCUGUCUCCCUCGCUCUCCAUCUCUCGAGCUGUGUCCCUGUCUCACACUCGACCCAUCUGUCACUCUCUACCAUUCUCCAUCGGUCUACCUGUCUCACUCUCUACCCAUCUUCAUCUAUCUGUCUCACUCUCUACCCGCCUUCAUCUACCUGUCUCACUCUCUACCCGUCUGUGUCACUCUGUACCUGUCUCCGUCUGUCUACCUGUGUCCCUGUCUCUCUCACUACUCGUCUCCGUCUGUCUAG